ACAGACUUUCAGCGAGCAAAGGUUCAGAUAAAGGCUCCGCAAUGCUGCUGAUGUUGGUGACGUCCAUCUUGGCGUCCAGUGUAAUCGUGGUGUUCCACAUUCUGAAUGACUUUCUAUUGCGGCGACGUGCUCCCAGUGGAAGUAGGAUUCCGCCCAUGCCACCUGCAAACUCGAUGCGAGGACACACUGAAAUUGUUCGCAGCGAUUUCGAUCGGAACAAGUUUCUCCAGUGGACCAAGGAGUACGGGCCAGUGGUCAGGCUCAGGAUGCACUUCAGGAAUAUUGUCCUGCUCAAUAACUAUGACAGCAUGAAAAAGUUCUGCAACGUCAAGGAACUACUCUGGCGUCCGGCCAAUUUUCUCGGAAGCCGAGAUUUGUAUUUAGGCCUUCUGUCACUCAAUGGGGAACCGUGGUCAGAAAAUAGGAAGUUCUGCCUGCGUAUGCUGCGUGACGUGGGUUUUGCAAAGACAGCAUCGAAUGACCGCCUGAUGGAGGAGGCCGCCCGUCUUGUGGAAGAGUUUGGCAAGACUGGUGGAGAACCAGUGGACGCAAACCAAUACCUAAUUCCGUGCGCCUUCAAUAACAUCGCUUCGUUCUUCUACGGCAGCCAGGUGCCGCACGAUCACCCAAGCCGGCGGGAACUCAAUCAGGUGUUGUUGAGAGUGAGCACGGCUGUCAAAGUUGGCCUGAACUACAGAUUCUACCCCAGUUUCCUCCGCGAACUGAUGGCUCAGCUGCCGUUCACAAGAAAUGGCCGCCUCAACAAAGCCUUCAAGGAGCUGGAUGCCGUUUCUGAGAAACAAGUGGAAUUGUACAAGGCUGCAAAAUGCGGCGACGAGACGAAAGACUUCAUCAACGCGUAUCUGAAGAAGAUAGAAGAAUGCAAAACGGAUGGAAAUCCUUUCUUUACGGACCAUUACCUUGUCGGCAACAUCAACUCCUUCUUACUUGGUGGUACCUUCAGCACGACAAUUUCCAUCAACAUGCACCUGAUUAAUUUUGCCAAACACCACGACACUCUACAAGCUCGAGCGCAGCAAGAAAUAGAUGACGUCGUGGGAAGAGACCGUCUGCCCACUUGGGACGACCACACGCAAUUGCCCUUCAUUCUAGCCUGCGUUUGGGAAGUCUUCCGAUGGCAGCAGUUCUCAGCCCUCGGAACGCCUAGAGAAUGCGUGGAAGACGUGGUGAUCGAUGAUUACUUCAUACCCAAGGGUACAGUUGUUUAUCCCAACAUUUGGGCAGUGAACCAUGACCCCAAGUAUUGGAAGGACCCGGCGAAAUUUGACCCCGGCCGCUACCUAAACGAAGAUGGAAGCAUCAUUGCGCCCAAGCCGGAGUAUCUGGUUACUUUCUCAGUCGGCCGCAGAGCAUGUCCUGGAGAAAUGUUUGCAACGGUGGAGAUAUUUCUUGCGAUCACACACCUUCUGCAGAAAUAUCGCAUCUUGCUGGAGAAACCACUAGAGUACGACCUGGAUUCUCUAGAAACCCAGCUUCUGCGCAUCAACGGCAUCAAGCUACGGUUCUUGCCGCGACAAGCUGAGGAUUCAUCAAAAACCAAUUAAAACACACGGGUGCUGCAAAAGUAACUGUUGUUUAAGAACUCAAAUUGCGG